AUUUUGGGCCUGUGCGAGGCGGGCGGCGGUGGCGCCUGGAGGUCGGCGGGCCCUAGCGGUGAGCGCUGCCCUGGGGCCUUCGCCUUGCCGCCAGCCCCCGGGGCCUCGGCGGGGAGGCGGGGCCGGCGGCUCGCCAUGGAGAGCGAGUACUACGGCGGGGACCAGUCAGAUGAUGGUGGAGCUACUCCAGUGCAAGACGAACGAGAUUCAGGAUCUGAUGUUGAAGAUGAAGGAAAUGAGCAGCAUUCUGGAUCUGAGAAUGGAAGUGUAGGGCACCAUUCAGAGAAUGAACACAGUGAUGCAGAAGAUGGUGGGCAAAUGGGAGAGCCUCAUAUGACAGACUCUGAAAAUGAAGAUAUCCCAAGGCAAAAAGACAGUGACUCGGAUAAUGAGGAGCCUCGAAAUCACAAUGUAAGUGAUUCAGACAACGAAGCAGCUCAUGGAGGUAAAGACAGUGAUUCUGAUACGGAGGACCAUCCAAAUCGGCAUUUAAGUGACUCUGAAAAUGAAGGUGCCUUAAAUCAUCGAGCAAGUGACUCUGAAAAUGGAGAACCUCACAGGGAUCACAGUAGUGAUUUUGAAAAUGAGGAAUCACAUAAGCAGCCAGCCAGCGACUCAGAGAGCGAGGAGCUCCAGAAGCAGCCAGCCAGCGACUCAGAGAGCGAGGAGCUCCAGAAGCAGCCAGCCAGCGACUCGGAGAGUGAGGAACUCCGCAAACAGCCAGCUAGUGACUCUGAGAGUGAGGAUGUUUCCAGACAGAAACAAGAAAUAGAGUCUGAGGAUAGCGAUGGGGAGGACAGGAAGGAGGAGGUGCAGAAUGAUUCUCACCAUUCAGAUAAUGAACAUGUAAGGGAAGGAUUUCAGGGCUCUGACAGUGAAGAGGAAGCUCCUAAGAGGCGAAAGAUACCGGACAGUGAUGAAGAAGAGAAGGAGGAGGAGAAGACAGUGAAGAGGAAAACAGCUAUCCUUUCUGACAGUGAGGAUGACAAUGAGAAAACACCUGCAAAAAAAGUACGAAUCCUUUCUGAUGUUGAAGAAUCGGAUAGUGAUGCUGCUUCAGAGAAAUCCGACAAAAGGAAGAAAAAUAUUGUAUCAGAUAGUGAGGAAGAAGAAGAAAGAAAAGAGAAUGCUGGGAAGAAAAAAGAAGAGAAAGAUCUGUUUGGCAGUGACAGUGAAUCUGGAAAUGAACAAGAGAACCUGAUUGCAGAUAUAUUUGGAGAAUCUGGUGAUGAGGAGGAGGAGGAAUUUACAGGUUUUAACCAGGAAGAUUUGGAGGAAGAGAAAGGUGAUGCAGACAUGAAGGAGACAGCAGAUGAAUCGGACUCUGAUGAUAACAUCAAAAGAGGGAAGCAUAUGGACUUCAUGUCAGAUUUUGACAUGAUGCUGCAACGAAAGAAGAGUAUGAGUGGCAAGCGUAGACGAAAUCGUGAUGGUGGAACUUUUAUUAGUGAUGCAGAUGACGUGGUCAGUGCUAUGAUUGUGAAGAUGAAUGAAGCUGCUGAGGAGGAUCGACAGCUGAAUACACAAAAGAAACCAGCACUAAAGAAAUUAACUUUGCUACCAACUGUAGUUAUGCAUCUCAAAAAGCAGGACCUCAAAGAGACUUUCAUUGAUAGUGGUGUUAUGUCUGCUAUCAAAGAGUGGCUUUCUCCUCUUCCAGACCGAAGUCUGCCAGCACUAAAGAUACGAGAGGAGCUUCUGAAGAUCCUGCAAGAGCUGCCCAGUGUGAGCCAAGAGACCCUGAAGCACAGUGGCAUUGGGCGAGCUGUGAUGUACCUCUACAAACACCCCAAAGAGUCGAGACCGAACAAGGAUAUGGCAGGGAAGCUAAUCAAUGAAUGGUCUCGACCAAUCUUUGGCCUUACCUCAAACUACAAAGGCAUGACAAGAGAAGAGAGGGAACAGAGAGAUUUGGAACAGAUGCCUCAGCGAAGGAGAUUAAGCAGGUACUCUGGUGGUCAGACUCCCCGCAGGGACCUGGAGAAAGUGUUAACUGGAGAGGAAAAAGCUCUUAGACCCGGAGACCCCGGGUUCUGUGCCCGUGCAAGGGUGCCAAUGCCCUCCAACAAGGAUUAUGUAGUCAGGCCAAAGUGGAAUGUGGAGAUGGAGUCCUCCAGGCCCGGGACUAUUAAGAGAGGUAUUAGUCGCUUGGAAAAACACAAGAGACGGUUUGCUGAACAGAAACGACUCAGCAAAGUGCAUCGGGCCAUCAAGUUCAGCAUUGAAGGCAACAGGAUGCCCCUGUAGCCAUGACACUCUGUCUUCCCCAAGUUUGAGAGGUAUCCCUCAAGGGAGGUGUGAACAGUGCAUGUGCUUCAGCUGUUGGCAGUUUGCACAUACAGGAAAGGAGUGUGUACACCCUAAUUUAAACUUGGAAAACUCUUUGUAUUCUCUCAUGUCUGUACUGUGACCUAAAAGGUAACUUGUACAGGAAAAAACAGGCUGUAGCACAUAACGUCUGCCAUGAUACCUGCCUCAACAGGUUCAGGGUACCCAAAUGAAAGGUGUUAAAUGAAAAUACCUGUACUCAAAAAUAGCUUUGCACCAUCUGUGGUUUUGAAAGCUGUUCUGACAUCAUCAGGUUCUCCAGGUUACCUGAACUGACACAGAGAAAUUCUUAGCCCUUAGUAUAGGGCUUCAUGUCACUGUAAACCAACAACUGUGGCUGGUCCAAAGGAAGGUAUUUUUCACACCUACUCUUUCAAGGAAGCUGAGUGAUGUGAGACUUUAGGGGUGGUUGAUAGGAGGCAGAGAAUGAGACCUCUGCAGACCAGGGGGAGAAGAAUCCCCUGCUGUGAAUGUGGGGUGGAGGGAAGUCAAUCGAUGACAUACAUCAAUGUGGGAAUUGUUUUGAUAAUUUCUAGUUUGCAUUUCAGUUCUGUGAGCAGGGCUGUCAACCUAAUAGUGACAGGAAGAGGCUAGCACAAAUGAUAGAUAACUGUUGAGUUUAAGCUUCGUAUUUAUUUGUUUUGUUUAAAAAAAAAAAAAAAGAUAUUUUUUUAAAAAUCACUGUGAAAUUUCAGAUACAAUUUCAGUGAAUAGCAAACAGUUUCAUGAAUAAAGUUUAUUUAAAAUCAGUGUGUCAGGAGCGCCUUCCUCGGUGAUGGGAACAAGAGGUUCAGUUCCUAAUAGAUAUUUUUUGUCAGAUAUUAAGUAGCAUGUUGUGGAUAUCUCUGUUUCUCCCAAACUUAAAAGGUGUGCAGUUUUCAUCAUUUAUUGUUUCCAUUGUCUAGUUAGGGGAAAUUGCUUUUUAGGAAGUAAUGGCUAUGGAUUGGAACGUCCUUGCUGUUUGUCUUCAGUGGCGUUUCUUUACAGAAUCACUGUAAUUAAUCUGUGCAAAAUAACUGCUGUGUCAUCUCAGUUUUUCAUUUGCAGUUAAAAUAAAGGGGUGAAAUGCAAUAACUCUUCUAAUGACUUGUAUGGUCAGGUUAGGCAUUUCUUUUGCUUCCCCCUACACCCCCUUUUUCCCAAUAAUCUCUUGCUUCAUAAGUACUAAACAUGACCUUUAAAAUAAAUUGCAGUUUGGAAUCGAUAUGUCAACUCAGUCUGCCUCAAUUACAGUGUAUUCAUAUCUAAAAAUCUUCCCCCCGCAGGAAGCCUGUGUAUAUGACACUGUAGUGCAGUAUAUUUCUGACGCUGAACUCCAGCCAAUAUAGAUAGAAAACUAUUCCAAACUGUAUAUUCAGCUGGCACAUGAACAACUAACAUCGUUAUUAAUCCCUGUAAUGUGAAAGCUUUACUGUGUGAUGUUUGUGAGUGCAACUACCUCCAUAUAUGCGAUGCAUAGAUUGGGGGAACCAUUUAUCCACUUUGUGGGGAGAGAAUGCGUGCACAUACACACACCCAGUUGGAACCACUGGCUUCAUCAGCUCCCUCUUGUAGGUUUAACCUUGCAUGCAUCGCUUUCCUGGAACCUCUGGGACGUCUGCUUUUUUUCAGUGGUAAUUAUAAGUCUUAUUUUUUAAGUUCCAGGGGACCUCUAAGAAAGGGGUGAGUCGACUGGACAAACAGAUGCGGAAAUUCACAGAUAUCAGGAAAAAAAGCAGAUCGGCCCAUGCAGUGAAAAUCAGCAUUGAGGGCAAUAAGAUGCCAUUGUGACCCUUCACAGAAUACCCCAUGAUCUCUGCUGUAAGACAAUACACCCAUAGACUCUUUGGAGACCUUUAAAUUUUUUACCAACUUGUUUGGGUUUUUUUUAGUGAAUCUUUAAAUGGUUGGUUCAGGUUCUGGUAUAAGAUGUCGUCUGAGGACUGUGAAUAUGGGGACUUCUUUCUCCUGAUUGUAUUUAAACUUGCUCUAUUGUGUCCUUUGUACAGAUCACGUCUUUGUUGUAUUGCAACACUUUAGACAAUAAAACAUCUUCUGUUUUUU